UGAAUCAUAUGGUUUUCGGUAAUUUUGGUUAUAGCGUCCACUGGAUUCCAACUAUUUGUAUAAAAAAUAAAUAAAUAAAAUCAUUUCAAAAUGAUGCACUAUGAGGAAAACGAAAAAUUGGCUGAUAAUACUGCCUGUGCUGGGGUACGAGCCGAUUUGAAAAUGUGCUUAUUAGAAAGUGAUUGCUGCAAAAAGGACAAGAGGACACCCAGGGAAUGUUUGCAAGCUAACUUGGUGCCUGAAGAAUGUCAAAUUCUACGUAAUACCUUUUUUGAGUGUAAAAGAUCUAUACUGGACAAUCGUAUGCGUUUCAGGGGUCGUAAAGGCUAUUAAGGUUUAUCAUUUGAGUUUGUUAAUAAGUCAUCAUUUCUGUCAGUCAUAAACUUAUAGGGUUAAAUAAAUUGUUUCUUUAAUAUUAAAAA